CUUAAGAAAUGAGUUGGACGGAGCCAACCGGUAAUACUUGCCCGACGAGCUUCUCCCUUCUUCAGCGAAUCGGAUCAUCCACAAACCCAACCCAAUUUCCCGCCAAAAAAGAGGUGUCUCCUCCCUUCCGCCGCCAUUACUGCUCUAGGUUUUCACCUUCGUCUCUGCAACAAUGGUGAAAUUGAUUCAACUUCUCCGCCUAGGGUUUCUUUUGCUGUUCACCAUAAUUUCUCUGCCAAAAAACUCACUUUCCCAGCGAGAUUCGUUUUACAUGGAUUUUGUGGUGGAUGCAGUGGAGAUGCCGUCGGAGGACUACUACGAUUACAUCAUCGUCGGAGGGGGGACCGCCGGUUGUCCGCUGGCGGCGACUUUAUCGGAGACCUACAAGGUUCUGGUUCUUGAAAGAGGCGGCGUUCCGUUUGGGAACCCGAAUUUGAUGACCCAAGAGGGGUUUCUGGCGGCCUUGUCGGAAGUCGACGCCUUUGACUCCCCUGCCCAGACGUUCAUCUCCGAAGACGGCGUCCCCAACGCGCGCGGCCGCGUUCUCGGCGGGAGUAGCGCCAUUAACGCCGGGUUCUACAGCAGAGCCGACGAGGAGUUCUACUCUAGCUCCGGGAUCAACUGGGAUUUCAAUCUGGUGAACCAAUCGUACGAGUGGGUGGAGAGAUCCAUCGUUUUCCGGCCGGAGCUCAAGAGCUGGCAAUCGGCGGUGAGGGACGGUUUGCUGGAAGCCCGAAUCGACCCUUACAACGGCUUCACCCUGCACCACGUUCUUGGCACCAAGAUCGGCGCGUCCACCUUCGACAACUCCGGCCGCCGCCACAGCGCGGCGGAUCUACUGUUCUUCUCCAAUUCCAGCAACAUCCGGGUGGUGGUGUACGCGUACGUGGAGAGGAUUCUUCUGGCGUCGACCACAGCAUCGCUGGAUUCUAAGCAAUCGGCCAUCGGAGUGAUUUUCCGGGACCGGAUCGGGCAGUUCCACCACGCGAUGGUGAAGGACAACGGCGAGGUCCUGCUGGCCGCCGGCGCUCUGGGCAGCCCGCAGCUGCUCCUAUUAAGCGGAAUCGGGCCGAGGCUUUACCUGUCUUCUCUGGGCAUCCCGGUGGCCCACCACUCCCCCUACGUCGGCCAGUUCCUCUUCGACAAUCCAAGAAACGGAAUCUCCAUUGUCCCUCCAAUCCCUCUGGAGUAUUCUCUCAUACAGGUGGUGGGCAUCACCGGCGACGGCUCAUACCUCGAAGCCGCCUCCAAUUUCAUCCCAUUCGCAUCCCCGAUCAACUCAAUAUUCAUCAGAGCUCCGGCGUCGCCCGUUUACCUGGCCGUGGCGACGCUGAUGCAGAAGAUCUCCGGGCCUACUUCCGUCGGGUCACUCAGACUGGCUUCGCCGGACAUCCGGGUCAACCCGGUGGUCCGAUUCAAUUACUUCAGCGACCCGGGGGACUUACAGAAGUGCGUGAACGGGACAAGGAAGCUCGGGGACCUGCUGAACACUCGAUCCAUGGAGGUGUACAAGUUCGAUCAGAGGUUCGGAGGGAGGGAUUUCCGGUACGUCGGACCUGCGUUGCCGGUGAACCAGUCCAGCGAUGCUCUCAUGGCGGAAUUCUGCCGCCGAACAGUGAGUACUAUCUGGCAUUACCACGGCGGGUGCGUGGUGGGGAGGGUGGUGGAUGCAGAUCUCAGGCUGAUCGGAAUCGACGCCCUGAGAGUCAUCGACGGCUCCACAUUUACUGUUUCUCCGGGGACCAAUCCUCAGGCCACUCUGCUCAUGCUCGGACGACAUGCUGGAUUGAAGAUAUUGAGAGAAAGACAAAGCUAGGAGAAGUGUAUGUGCACAUAUGGAUGGAGUGUUGUAGCAUUGGUUUUGUUCUUGUUAGAUGUAUGUACAUGUGCAUGUUUUAGUAGACGAGACGAGACAAGAUUAUUCAAACUAAUCAAAAAAGGGAUGAGCU